GCAUCGCAUUGACUUAGACCUAAAAUAAAGUUAUAGAAAAUUGAGUAAAUAAUAAAACCCUACAAAUCAAUAAGGUAAGCUAUAAGCUUAUGCAUUGCAACUAUUGAGCUGUGUAUUACGAACUCCUCCGGCGAAAUAAACCAUUCGUUGUUGGUGCUAGCUAUAUUGUUUUAAAUACCAUACCUGUGUAAAAUAAAUAAAAAUAUUACGCAUUUUGUUUCUUGGUGAGAAUAAAAUAUUUUAUAACCACUGAAAUAUGAAAUAAAGGCAAAUUCGUGGAUUUGAAUGAUCAGAAGUUCUUUAAUAGUUUGUCUUAAUUUUUUUCUCUGCUAGAACAACCUGGGCCACGCUUAAUUUUAGACGUAUUUUACGAAUUUAACCGCCGCAAAAACGGAGCUAGCGGUAUUUACGUAUACAUUAUGUUUUAAGUGGUUAUGCUAAUAAGAUAGAUCCUUAAAAUUACGUACAAAAGUGAAUUGAAAUUCAUGUACUUUUCCCAUAGUUUGCCACAAGGUAUCCUGAAUCCUGCACCAUUAGGUACCUGCAUGUUCUUCAGUAGUGGAAUUGUGAUGGGCUUUAAUGAUGACGAAUGAAGAAACAAAUCCUUUUUUAAUUCAUUACAAAGGUGCUAUAUCAAAUGAGCUGUCAAAAAGUAUUGAUUAUACCAUUGUUAUUUUAGAUUUCGCUCAAUAAUGGAUCUCUUAAAUAGUAUGAAAAAUUUAACAAUAAAGCAUUUACAAAAUGAAGGUGAUCAACAAUUUUUUAAGUCGAUAGCAGCAGACAUUGAUGAAAUUCCAACUGAAAUUGUUUUAGCGGAAUAUACUGACAAAAUUUUGCUUAUAGUGUCACAAUAUCAAAAGAUAGGAAGCAUGUUAAUGAUUCAGAAAGAUCAAGUCCAUAGUCCCCUAGGUACUGAUGAUAUUUAUACAACAAAAGUUAUUUUUGGUGCCACAGGAGAAGAACAACAAGUAGCUGCGCGAUAUUUAGCGGAAGCAAUCAAAAUCAAUAAACCUCUUUGUAUAUUCAUAAAUCUUAAAUCUUAUGACAUUGAAACUGUAAAGGCUUGCAAGGACAUAAUUUUGGAUCUCAAGCAAGAGAAGUAAUAACAUGGCAGUAGCCCAAUUAAAUAGAUUUAAAGCUGUAAAUAAAUAUUAUGGUCAACUGGUGAUAGGCCCUCCCGGCGCAGGAAAGACAACAUAUUGUGAUAAAAUGUCACACUUGCUAAAAAAAUUGGGCAGGAAAGUAAUUCUUAUAAACUUGGACCCAGCUAAUGAAAGGAUAAGCUAUGAUUGUGACAUUGAUAUUAGAAAGUUAAUAGUACUAGAAGAAGUUAUGGAUCAAUAUAAUCUUGGACCAAAUGGAGCACUGUUAUAUUGCAUGAAAUAUUUAGAAGAAAAUAUUGAUUGGCUUGUAGAUCAAAUUAAAGGUGAACAUGGUACUAAUUUUGUUUUUGAUUUACCUGGUCAAGUAGAGCUUUACUGUCAUCAUGAUACUAUUAGGAAUAUUUUUUCAAAAUUAAAUGAAAAUGGUAAUUUACAGCUAUGUGUAGUCCAUUUAGUAGACUCUCAUCAUUGUUCUGAUGCAGGAAAGUUUAUAGCCGCUUUAAUGCUAUCACUUACUGCAAUGUUGAAGAUUGCUUUGCCUCAUAUUAAUUUACUAACAAAAGUUGAUUUAUUGAAGAAACAUAUGGACAAACUUGAAUUUGGAAUUGAUUUCUACACUGAAGUUUUGGAUUUAAAUUACCUUUUGGACAGCUUGGAUACUGAUAAUUUUACUAAUAAAUAUAAAAAACUAAACAGUGCUUUAAUAUCUAUCAUUGAAGAUUACAGUUUAGUGUCAUUUCAACUUGUAAAUAUGUUUAAAGAAGAAAGCUUAAUGUGUGUUAAAAAUUUGGUUGAUAAAGCUAAUGGGUAUGUGUUUAAGGCAGAAGAGGGUAGGCAUAUUAAUAGUAUGUUGGCAUGCGCUAUGGGUAUCAAUGAGCCCAAUGAUGUUGAUAACUUGUAAUAAAAUAUUUGUUAUACCAUCCUUUUAUUUACUUUAUUUUAUAUACACACACUUCAAAAUGAGAGUUGAAAUCGCACACAGAAUAAUUUAGUAUUUGUUUAGCCUACAUAUAUGUUUCAAGAAGACUAGCUGUUUAUCUGUAUUCAUAAAUUGCAUGUAUAUGAAUACCCCACUUAGUACAUGACAAAUUCUUAGUGUUGUGAUAAAACUAUAAAGCAAGAUAAACAUAUCUAUAGAAAUACCUAAUCCAAAUUUAUUUCAACUAAGAUAUUGACAUUGGUAUAGAAAUAUUUAUUUUUCUCACCAAUGGUAUUUGAGGUAUUAACC